AGCAUUGCACCCUUAUAGCCCAUUGUUACUAGUGUGUGUAACGUGAGAGCCCGCUCCUGAGGAUGUGUUACCGCACGGAGGACGGACGUGUGUGGACGAGCGCGCUACAUGCAGCCUACUACUACUGCUGACGGGCGGAGCGGCUUUCUAUGGGCACAGGGCGGCUAUCUACAGGCUGGAGCCCGGCAGGCUGCUGCACUCUUUGGAUUGUACUUUGGGGGUCCCGGGAUGUUGGGCGCAUGAGGAGGAUUUUUGGCGCACUGGAGCUGUGUAUUGGGGACUAGCGUGGAUUUAUGGUGACAGGACACUGCACAUGGAUGGGAAGAGCCGAUAAGUGAUCGAUCAGCCUAGCCACACUUUAUUGGAGCAUACGUGUCCGGUCAAGACUACUUAUAAGGAGCCAUCGCCAUGCAGCACUUAGGACGAUGCCUGAUCUGCCUUCUGGCUUUCUUUACUGCAACGUCAUGUCAACCAGCAAUGUCAGAUCAAGAAAGUCAGAAAGCAGAGUCAGCACCUGAGCUCGAAGAACAUCAUCUUCUUGAUCCUGGAAGCCCCUUGCGUCUUUCCUGUGAUUCCAAUUACAGUAGUAACAUUAACUGGUAUAGAGAACAGGAGAGGCUGCUGGCGGGACAGAGGAUUCACUUAGAAGGCUCUGUUUUGGAAAUGGUAGACCUAACCUAUGAAGAUUCAGGACUGUAUCUGUGUGUGGUUCGUGGUACCGGUCAAAUCCUGCGAAGGUUCUCCAUAUCUGUUGUGGAUUCAGCAGCAUCUGGGGAUGAAGAUGAUGAGGAUGGCCGCAGGGAAGAUUUUCAGGGCGAUUUGAGUGAGGAACCUGUCUAUAUCUACCAAGCGCCAUAUUGGACCCAUCCGCGUCGUAUGGAGAAAAAGUUAUAUGCUUUACCUGCUGGAAAUACUGUAAAGUUUCGCUGUGCAGCAGGGGGCAGCCCCCUCCCGACCAUUCGAUGGCUGAAAAAUGGAAAAGAAUUUAGAGGAGAGCACCGCAUAGGGGGUAUUCAGCUAAGGCACCAGCAUUGGAGUCUUGUCAUGGAAAGUGUGGUACCCUCAGACCGGGGCAACUACACUUGCCUGGUGGAAAACAAGAUGGGCACCAUCACAUAUACAUACAUAUUAGAUGUGCUUGAGAGAUCCUCACAUCGGCCUAUUUUGCAAGCCGGUCUCCCAGCAAAUACCACAGCUCGUGUGGGCAGCGAUGUGGAGUUCCUGUGUAAGGUGUACAGCGAUGCUCAACCGCACAUCCAGUGGCUUAAACACAUUGAAAUGAAUGGGAGCCGCUUUGGCCCUGAUGAUGCACCAUAUGUACAAGUAUUAAAGACUGCCGAUAUCAACACUUCAGAAGUAGAGGUGCUUCAUCUGCGAAACAUCACAAUGGAAGAUGCAGGAGAAUACACAUGUCUAGCAGGGAAUUCAAUUGGUCUUUCAUAUCAGUCUGCUUGGCUAACAGUUCUGCCUAAUGAUGACCUAGAGGAGCAAGAGCCUGCAGAGUCCAGAUAUAUGGAUAUAAUUAUAUACACUUCUGGAUUCCUAGCUGUGGUAAUGGCUGUUGUCAUUGUGAUUCUUUGCCGUAUGCAAACUCCACACAGCAAGCAAACCUUACAGCCGCCUGCAGUGCAUAAGCUUACAAAGUUCCCACUUAUACGACAGUUUUCCCUAGAGUCGAGUUCCUCUGGAAAGUCCAGUGCCCCUUUGAUCCGCAUCACUCGCUUAUCUUCCAGCUGUGCACCUAUGCUCCCUGGUGUAAUGGAGGUGGAGUUGCCUCUAGAUGCCAAAUGGGAGUUCCCCAGGGACAGGCUUGUAUUAGGAAAGCCUUUAGGAGAGGGCUGUUUUGGACAAGUAGUAAGAGCUGAGGCCUAUGGAAUUGAAAAAGAUCGUCCUGAAAAGCCUAUUACUGUAGCAGUAAAGAUGCUUAAAGAUAAUGGUAAUGAUAAAGACCUGUCUGAUCUCAUCUCUGAGAUGGAGUUAAUGAAGGUUAUAGGCAAGCACAAGAACAUAAUUAACCUACUUGGUGUGUGUACUCAGGAAGGUCCACUAUUUGUUGUUGUGGAGUAUGCCUCCAAGGGAAAUUUGCGCGAGUUUCUGCGUGCCCGACGUCCUCCUACACCAGAAGAUGCUUUUGAUGUAACAAAGGUGCCUGAAGAGCUGUUAUCCUUCAAGGAUCUUGUGUCCUGUGCUUAUCAAGUUGCCCGUGGCAUGGAAUACCUGGAAUCCAAAAAGUGCAUACACAGAGAUCUGGCAGCUAGAAAUGUCCUAGUAGCUGAAGAUAACGUCAUGAAAAUUGCUGACUUUGGUCUUGCUCGAGGGAUUCAUGAUAUUGAUUACUACAAAAAGACUAGCAAUGGUCGACUUCCUGUAAAGUGGAUGGCACCAGAAGCUCUGUUUGACCGUGUCUACACACACCAAAGCGACAUAUGGUCAUUUGGAAUUUUAACUUGGGAGAUAUUUACUCUUGGUGGUUCUCCGUAUCCUGGCAUUCCAGUCGAAGAGCUGUUCAAACUGUUACGAGAAGGACAUAGAAUGGAUAAGCCAUCAAAUUGUACCCAUGAACUGUACAUGUUGAUGAGAGAGUGCUGGCAUGCUGUCCCAUCACAAAGGCCAACAUUCAAACAGUUAGUAGAACAGCUUGACCGAAUUCUCACAGCUGUGUCAGAGGAGUAUUUGGACCUGUCAAUGCCCUUUGAACAGUAUUCUCCCUCCUGUGAAGACACUGCAAGCACAUGUUCCUCUUCUGACUCUGUGUUUACACAUGAUCCUGUACCAAGUCCUAACUAUGUCUUCAAUUAUCACAAUGUACAUUCUCAUAUGGGGACCUGAAAAAAACUACAGCUGGUUAUAAUGGGGGAAUAUGGACAUUACAAGUACUGCGUAUACCCUCACAAGGAACCCAGUUUAAUCAAGAGACGUUAACCGUGCCUAGUUUUGUAGACACUGGUGAAACACUGUGCUGCUUUUCUGUUCUGCUUGGGAGAAAUAAAAAUUACAUUGGUGCUGACCUCAAGCUACCGGUAUACAGGAUGCAAAGCACUGUGAGCCCUUGACUGGCUCUGUCAUGUCUGGGAAUAUGUAGUAAAACGCCAUGUUGUGGAUGUGAAGGACUACCGUUUGCAGGGAUGCUUUUCCCCAGUCGUGUUUUAAGGGUUGUCAAAAAGCUACUGGGAAGCACUGUGCUGCUGGGAACAUAGCUUUACCUGCCUGUUAAUAAUUUCUGCAUUUGUAAUGCCAUGCUGCAAUCUGGAAUUACAAGUGGCCCCAAAGUGCCUGGAGUUUUUAUGGUUUUUAAAGUUUGUAAAUAUUUUCUAACAGAAAUAUUUAUGUCCAGUUCUUGUCUUAUUGCAUACAAUAGGUCAUUUGAAACGUUUAGUUGAAGUGAGGACCUGAGGCCUUAUUUCAUGUAUUUGUUUUCAUGGAUUUUUCUUCUAGCUGCCAUAUAAUUUAUCUCAAUGAUAUUUUUAUAUUCACAUACAAUGGACUUUGAAGGAUCCUUACAAAUCAGAAAGCUUUUAUACACUAUAGAUAUAUUUAAUACAGAAUAUGCUCUUUUGCAGUUUACCAAAAGUUUCAUAUUUCAAGUUUGAUUUAUUUUAUAUAUUGUAAAAAAAGUUACUUUUAAUAU